AUGCCCUCAGCAUCAAAUGAUACCUCUUCCAACAUCUCCACCAAAACCGAGAUCCACGCCCUAAACGUUGAAUUUGACUACAGGAAAUGGAAAGCCAACAUCUCCAAAGCUAGCGAUCCGAAGAGCAAACCAGUCUACAGGGUCGGGUUCCAUAACACGAGAAGGCCUCAAAUAGAGCACAAACGUGUCGGCGAUGACCUGACGACUACAACCAUCGGCACCGGAACUCUCCACACCUUCCACAUCGACGCCGAAUACGAGCUCCACGGACAGAAGCGCACACUCAAAACUUUGAAGCGGUGGAAAAGAGUAUACGCACACCUCUCAUAUGUUUACUCCGACAACCCCAAGGUUCCAAUGACGAUGACCUGGACGAGCAGCACGGGAUUCAAGACUUGGGAAUUUGUCUGCGUCGACGAAUGCCAGAAUCCGGUCGCAAGAUGGUCGAUGAAUAUCUGGGCGACGAAAAAGAUUGGCAAAUUUGAGUUUCUGGGUCCUAAGGCGGGCGAUGAGGCUGUUCAUGAUGAGAUUGUUGUUACGGGGUUGACUUUGUUUUGGUCCAUUGCUCUGCGUUCAACUCAUAUUGGGAACUUCAUUGCGACUUUCUUUGCGCAUCCGGGGCCAUUGGAGAAGCCUGUGCGGACGGAGGAUGAGGAGAGUGUCACUGCCGGGAAGACCUAA